AAGAUUGAAAACAAAAUACUAACUGUGUCAAACUCUCCGUAAAUUUAAUAAAAGUGUUAUACAAAAUUCGGUAAAUUGUAAGCAACUCGAAUUAAACGUCCAGUUACUCAGUCUCAGUGCAGAUUAGUGGCCGGGCAUACAUACCAUUGUACACCUAAAGCGUCAUUAGUGCUGAUAAAUACUGCGCAUUAAGCAUAUUUUUGCAUUAUUUGUCUUGUACAGACACUACAAAAUUAAAACUACUGUGCUCAAAAGUGCAAUAAGCAAGCUCAAUAAAUGCAAGAAGCUCCAUUUACGAUUUGAGGGCGAAACUGCAAUUGCAACCGCAAGCUGCAACAAACGUAUCUAUUUAUAGUAAAAUAACUUGGCAGCCAUUUUGCACUUUUGGAAGGACAUGUCAAGGAAAUAAAAAGGCGCCAAAUUUGAAACCAAAUCAAAAGUUAAAACCAAAGAAUAUAUACACCCACACACGCAAGAAAGCGCACCUGAAGCAUGAACAUGAGCAGCGGUUUCUUUGAGGAGCAUUUCGGUGCGAUCUGCUCCAGUUUGGUGAAUCAAUAUAUGCCAGAAUACCUAAAAAGCUUCGAAUAUACACCUUGGGUAUUCUCACUGCUAGGAUCGGUGGUCAUUGGACUCAGCGGCAUAUUUCCUCUACUCAUUAUACCCACAGAUGAAAAACUGGCCAAGGACGGAUAUAAAGAUCCUGCCGAAUCGAAAUUUCUACGUGUGCUGCUGAGCUUUGCAGUCGGCGGUCUUCUGGGUGAUGUUUUUUUGCAUUUACUACCCGAGGCCUGGGAGGGCGAUAAUCAGAGUCAGAGCGCAGAUAGUCAUCCUUCAUUACGCUCUGGCCUCUGGGUACUUGCUGGCAUACUCAUCUUCACCAUAGUCGAGAAAAUCUUCUCGGGGUAUACCUGUGCUGAUGAGGAGAAUCCUCAGCCCAAGUGUGUUGAGAUAGCUAACUGUUUGCUGCGUCGUCAUGGUGGCAAGCUACCCGAAGGACAGACAGCCGACAGCUGUGGGGGUGCCUGUGACAUUGAGGAUGUGGAUAAAGUCUGCUUUUUACGCGAACGCGAACAAAAAGCCAAAGUGCAGAAGGAGCAGCCUAAAAAGGUGGCAGGCUAUCUAAAUUUGCUGGCAAACUCUAUAGAUAACUUCACACAUGGUCUGGCUGUGGCCGGCUCCUUUUUGGUCUCCUUCAGGCACGGUGUGCUGGCAACAUUUGCUAUACUUUUGCAUGAAAUUCCACAUGAGGUGGGUGAUUUUGCCAUACUCUUACGUUCCGGUUUUAGUCGUUGGGAUGCGGCGCGUGCUCAAUUACUAACGGCUAGCGCCGGACUGUUGGGUGCUCUGGUGGCUAUUGGUGGCUCAGGCGUCACUUCAGCCAUGGAGGCGCGCACAUCAUGGAUUAUGCCAUUCACCGCUGGCGGGUUUCUUCACAUUUCGUUGGUUACAGUAUUACCCGAUCUCUUGAAGGAGGAGGAGCGCAAGGAAUCUAUCAAACAGCUGUUGGCCCUCAUCUUUGGCAUUGCACUAAUGGCACUUAUGACAAUGCUAUUUGAACAUUAAACAACAGAACGCUGCUAAGCUAGAAUCAUUUAACUGAAAAGGCCAUUUGUUAUUGGCAGUACAAAUUGCAAGGAAUUUGUUGUAUUCUUUCUUAUGUGACUCGCCUUGCUUGUGUUAUGUAAUUAUAGCCACUAAUACGAAUGAUAUUUGAACUAUUGUUAUUACUUA